AUGUCUCGCACCAAGAGUCAAGCCAACGGCAAAGCCUCUCGAUCUUCCGGCGGUCAACCCCUGAACGCUGAAAAUCUGACUCAAGUACCAGCAGUAAAGAAAAGGGAGAUCGGUCUGCAGAAAUAUAUCCUCAGUCUUCCUCACGAAGAGCCAUACUAUCUCCCGGUGCGGAUUUCAGACCGCGAACUCCACGGGACCCGUUUGGAGGAACAAAUUGCCGAUAUUGAGAAGUUGAUGAGGUAG